AUGUCUACCAUUAUCGAGAAAUUCGUAGGCCCAUUCCUUAUAACAAUUUGUGUGACUAUGAUCCUGUCACUGGGGGAGCUUCAGCAAUCUAUCUUCAGAUUCUAUGGGAUGUCUACCAUUCAAGCGUAUGUCUAUUGGUGGAACUACCCCGACAAUUCACUGAAGAUCAAAAUGGCUGUGGCAGCUAUCUGUUAUCUCAUCGUCGACUUUGGUGAUCUCGCUAAAGUCGAGCGGAUUUUUUGGAGUGGCACACUCGCAGUCCUUAUCACUGUAGUAAUUGCGGCGAUCGUGCAAGGAUUCUUUAUUCAUCGACUUUGGAUUCUGAGAGCAAAAAACCGAUUUCUCACCUCCAUUGCACUUUUGAUGCAGUGCAAUGCCUACCAGAUCACCUUGACUUCGGGAGUUUCACUUGCCACGACAGAGGACAUAACAAUCACCGUGUCACUGAUCUACUACCUGCAGAAGAGUCGUGAUGGGACAUGCAGGACAUUACAAACGUAUACCGUCAAUGCUGGAGGUCUAACUAUGCUGACAUCGAUUGUGAUUCGCAUGACAUUUGUAUUCUACAAGCAUAGUUUGAUAUUCCUGGGAAUAGUCUCUAUUCAAGAGAAACUCUAUGCAAACUCAUUUCUUGCAAUUCUCAAUGCUCGACAGCACUUGAAGAAUCCCCGAGGCACUGCUGCAGAUGAUAGUUACCAGACUGUUAUGAAGGCUACGCGUAACAAUGUUGCAGAAGCUGGAGUCGUGGACCUCAAUUCCACUUACAUGCCCACGAAUAGUAAUAUACAUGUGGAGAAUGGGGACGUCCACAAAGUGCAAAUGCUCGCCUAA